CGCCGCCGCAGUGCUGCUCCGCCCAGUGCUCCUGGGGCUGGUGACUGCUGCGCCCGCCUUCCCGAGCGUCCCGCGCAGCGAGCCACGUGGACGGACUCUGGCGGGGUUUCAGUGGGGAUAGCAGCGCUCCUGCCUCUCGGUCUUCGCUCCGGCUGCAUUCCCAUGGCGGCCCUGGUGUUGGAGGAUGGGUCGGUGCUGCAGGGCCGGCCCUUUGGGGCCGCCGUGUCGACUGCAGGCGAAGUGGUGUUCCAAACCGGCAUGGUUGGCUACCCCGAGGCCCUCACCGACCCUUCCUACAAAGCGCAGAUCUUAGUUCUGACCUAUCCGCUGAUCGGCAACUACGGCGUCCCCUCCGAUGAGCUGGAUGAGUUCGGCCUCAGCAAGUGGUUCGAAUCCUCAAAGAUCCACGUGGCAGGACUGGUGGUGGGAGAGUGCUGCCCCAGCCCAAGCCACUGGAGUGCCACCCGCACCCUGCAUGAGUGGCUGCAGCAGCAUGGCAUCCCUGGCCUUCAAGGAAUAGACACUCGAGAGCUGACCAAGAAGUUGCGUGAACAAGGGUCUCUCUUGGGAAAGCUGGUCCAGAAUGGGACAGAGCCUUCAUCCCUGCCAUUCUUAGACCCCAAUGCCCAACCUCUGGUGCCAGAGGUCUCCACUAAGACUCCACAGAUAUUCAAUGCAGGCGGUACCCCUCGCAUCCUUGCUUUGGACUGUGGCCUCAAGUACAAUCAAAUCCGAUGUCUUUGCCAGCGUGGGGCUGAGGUCACUGUAGUGCCCUGGGACCAUGCAUUAGACAGCCAGGAGUAUGAGGGGCUCUUCCUAAGUAAUGGUCCUGGAGAUCCUGCCUCCUACCCCAGUGUGGUAUCCACACUGAGCAGUAUCUUAGCCAAGCCUAAUCCCCGACCUGUCUUUGGGAUCUGCCUGGGACACCAGCUGUUGGCCUUAGCCAUUGGAGCCAAGACAUACAAGAUGAGGUAUGGGAACCGAGGCCAUAACCAACCCUGCCUGCUGGUGGGCUUGGGACGCUGCUUUCUGACAUCCCAGAACCAUGGGUUUGCUGUGGAAGCCGACUCCCUGCCAGCAGGUUGGUCUCCUCUCUUCACCAAUGCCAAUGACGGCUCCAAUGAAGGGAUUGUUCACGACAGCCUGCCAUUUUUCAGUGUCCAGUUCCACCCAGAGCACCACGCUGGCCCUUCAGAUAUGGAACUGCUUUUUGAUAUCUUUCUGGAGACUGUGACAGAAGCUGUAGCUGGGAACCCUGGAGGCUGGACAGUCCGAGAGCGACUGGUUGAACGCCUCUGUCCCCCUGGACCUCCUGCCUCUGGCUCUGGACUUCCACCUUUACGGAAGGUUCUGAUCCUGGGUUCAGGGGGCCUCUCCAUUGGCCAAGCUGGAGAGUUCGACUAUUCUGGCUCUCAGGCAAUUAAGGCCCUGAAGGAGGAGAAUAUCCAGACACUGCUGAUCAACCCCAACAUUGCCACAGUGCAGACCUCUCAGGGGCUGGCCGACAAGGUCUAUUUCCUUCCUAUAACUCCUCACUACGUAACCCAGGUGAUACGCAAUGAGCGCCCAGAUGGCAUAUUACUGACUUUUGGGGGCCAGACAGCCCUGAACUGUGGCGUGGAACUGACCAAGGCUGGUGUUCUGGCUCGGUACGGGGUCCGGGUGCUGGGUACCCCUGUGGAAACCAUUGAACUGACUGAAGAUCGACGUGCCUUUGCGGCUAGGAUGGCAGAGAUUGGCGAGCACGUGGCCCCCAGUGAGGCAGCACAUUCUCUUGAGCAGGCCCAGGCAGCUGCUGAAAGGCUGGGCUACCCUGUGCUGGUGAGGGCAGCCUUUGCACUGGGAGGCCUAGGCUCGGGCUUUGCCUCUACGAAGGAGGAGCUCUCGGCUCUCAUAGCCCCUGCUUUUGCUCAUACCAGCCAGGUGCUAGUGGACAAGUCCCUCAAGGGCUGGAAGGAGAUUGAGUAUGAGGUGGUGAGAGACGCCUAUGGCAACUGUGUGACGGUAUGUAACAUGGAGAACUUAGACCCACUAGGCAUUCAUACUGGUGAGUCCAUCGUGGUGGCACCAAGUCAGACACUGAAUGACAAAGAGUACCAGUUCUUGCGGCAGACAGCUAUCAAGGUGACCCAGCAUCUGGGGAUCGUUGGGGAGUGCAACGUGCAGUAUGCCUUGAACCCGGAGUCCGAGCAGUAUUACAUCAUUGAAGUGAACGCCAGGCUCUCCCGAAGCUCUGCCCUGGCCAGUAAGGCCACAGGCUAUCCACUGGCCUACGUAGCAGCCAAGCUGGCACUGGGCAUUCCCCUGCCUGAGCUCAGGAACUCUGUUACAGGGGGAACAGCAGCCUUUGAACCCAGCCUGGACUAUUGUGUGGUAAAGAUUCCUCGCUGGGACCUCAGCAAAUUCCUGCGUGUCAGCACAAAGAUUGGGAGUUGCAUGAAGAGCGUUGGGGAGGUCAUGGCCAUUGGACGUUCGUUUGAGGAGGCCUUCCAGAAGGCCUUGCGCAUGGUAGAUGAGAACUGCGUGGGCUUUGACCACACAGUGAAGCCAGUCAGCGACAUGGAGUUGGAGACACCAACAGAUAAGCGAAUCUUCGUGGUGGCCGCUGCUCUGUGGGCAGGUUACUCGGUAGACCGCCUGUAUGAGCUUACACGCAUCGACCGAUGGUUCCUGCAAAGAAUGAAGCGCAUUGUCACUCAUGCCCAGCUCCUGGAGCAACACCGUGGGCAGCCUUUGCCCCCAGACCUGCUGCACCAGGCCAAGCGCCUCGGUUUCUCAGACAAGCAGAUCGCCCUUGCAGUUCUGAGCACAGAGCUGGCUGUUCGGAAGCUGCGUCAGGAACUGGGGAUCUGUCCAGUGGUGAAGCAGAUCGACACAGUUGCGGCCGAGUGGCCGGCCCAGACGAAUUACCUGUACCUGACCUACUGGGGCAACACCCAUGAUCUCCCCUUUCAGACAACUCACGUCAUGGUCCUUGGCUCUGGUGUCUACCGCAUCGGCUCCAGCGUCGAGUUUGACUGGUGUGCUGUUGGCUGCAUCCAGCAGCUCCGUAAGAUGGGGUAUAAGACCAUCAUGGUGAACUACAAUCCAGAGACGGUCAGUACCGACUACGACAUGUGUGACCGACUGUACUUUGAUGAGAUCUCUUUCGAGGUGGUGAUGGACAUCUAUGAGCUGGAGAAUCCCGAAGGUGUGAUCUUGUCCAUGGGAGGACAGCUGCCCAACAACAUGGCCAUGGCUUUACAUCGGCAGCAGUGCCGGGUGCUGGGCACCUCCCCUGAAGCCAUUGACUCUGCUGAGAACCGAUUCAAGUUUUCCCGGCUCCUUGACACCAUUGGUAUCAGCCAGCCUCAGUGGCGGGAGCUCAGUGACCUAGAGUCUGCUCGCCAGUUCUGCCAGGAUGUGGGGUACCCCUGUGUGGUGCGCCCCUCCUAUGUGCUGAGUGGUGCCGCGAUGAAUGUGGCCUACACUGAUGGGGACCUGGAGCGCUUCCUAAGCAGUGCAGCAGCUGUCUCCAAGGAGCACCCUGUGGUCAUCUCCAAAUUCAUCCAGGAGGCCAAGGAGAUUGAUGUUGACGCUGUGGCCUGUGAUGGUGUGGUGGCUGCUAUUGCCAUCUCUGAGCACGUGGAGAAUGCAGGUGUGCAUUCAGGCGAUGCCACACUGGUUACCCCCCCACAAGAUAUCACUGCCAAGACCCUGGAGCGUAUCAAAGCCAUCGUGCAUGCUGUGGGCCAGGAGCUGCAGGUCACAGGACCCUUCAAUCUGCAGCUCAUUGCCAAGGACGAUCAGCUGAAAGUUAUUGAAUGCAACGUGCGUGUCUCUCGCUCCUUCCCCUUUGUCUCCAAAACACUAGGUGUUGACCUAGUAGCCUUGGCCACACGAAUCAUCAUGGGGGAAAAGGUGGAACCCGUGGGGCUCAUGACUGGCUCUGGAGUCGUGGGUGUAAAGGUGCCUCAGUUCUCCUUCUCCCGCUUGGCGGGUGCUGAUGUGGUGUUGGGUGUGGAGAUGACCAGUACUGGGGAGGUGGCCUGCUUUGGGGAGAGCCGUUGCGAGGCCUACCUCAAGGCCAUGCUAAGCACUGGCUUUAAGAUCCCCAAGAAGAACAUCCUGCUGACUAUCGGCAGCUAUAAGAACAAAAGCGAGCUGCUCCCUACUGUGCGGCUGCUGGAGAGCCUGGGCUACAGCCUCUACGCCAGUCUGGGCACAGCUGACUUCUACACUGAGCACGGCGUCAAGGUAACAGCUGUAGACUGGCACUUUGAAGAAGCAGUAGAUGGUGAGUGUCCCCCACAGCGGAGCAUCUUGGAGCAGCUGGCGGAGAACCACUUCGAGCUAGUGAUUAACCUGUCAAUGCGUGGAGCUGGGGGCCGGCGUCUCUCCUCCUUCGUGACCAAGGGCUACCGUACACGGCGCCUGGCUGCUGACUUCUCUGUGCCCCUCAUCAUCGAUAUCAAGUGCACCAAACUCUUUGUGGAGGCUCUGGGCCAGAUUGGGCCAACCCCUCCUCUGAAGGUACAUGUUGACUGCAUGACCUCCCAGAAGCUCGUGCGGCUGCCUGGAUUGAUUGACGUCCAUGUGCACUUGAGGGAGCCAGGUGGGACACACAAGGAGGACUUUGCCUCAGGUACAGCCGCUGCUCUGGCCGGGGGUGUCACCAUGGUGUGUGCCAUGCCUAACACCCAGCCGCCCAUUAUUGAUGCCCCUGCUCUGGCUCUGGCCCAAAAGCUAGCAGAAGCUGGCGCCCGCUGUGACUAUGCACUUUUCCUUGGGGCCUCGUCCGAAAAUGCAGGGACCCUGGGCGCUGUGGCAGGGUCUGCGGCAGGGCUGAAGCUCUACCUCAACGAGACCUUCUCUGAGUUGCGGCUGGACAGUGUGGCCCAGUGGAUGGAGCACUUCGAGACCUGGCCAGCCCACCUGCCCAUUGUGGCCCACGCAGAGCGGCAGAGUGUCGCUGCCAUUCUCAUGGUGGCUCAGCUGAUGCAACGCUCAGUGCACAUAUGUCACGUGGCACGGAAGGAGGAGAUCCUGCUAAUCAAAGCUGCAAAGGCACAGGGGCUACCAGUGACCUGUGAGGUGGCCCCUCACCACCUGUUUCUGAGCCAGGGGGACUUGGAGCGCCUGGGGCCCGGGAAAGGGGAGGUCCGGCCUGAGCUGGGCUCCCGCCAGGACCUAGAAGCCCUCUGGGAGAACAUGGCUGUCAUCGACUGUUUUGCCUCAGACCAUGCCCCCCACACCCUGGAGGAGAAGUGUGGGGCCCGGCCUCCACCUGGCUUCCCAGGGCUAGAGACCAUGCUGCCACUGCUGCUGACGGCUGUGAGCGAGGGCCGGCUCACUCUGGAUGACCUGCUGCAGCGACUGCACCACAAUCCUCGGCGGAUCUUCCACCUGCCACCACAGGAGGACACCUACGUGGAGGUGGAUCUGGAGCAUGAGUGGACAAUCCCCAGUCACUUGCCCUUCUCCAAGGCCCACUGGACACCCUUUGAAGGGCAGAAGGUGAAGGGCACCGUCCGCCGUGUGGUCCUGCGAGGGGAGGUUGCCUACAUUGACGGACAGGUGCUGGUGCCCCCGGGCUAUGGACAGGAUGUGCGGAAGUGGCCUCAGGGGGCUGUUCCUCAGCCCCCACCCUCAGCCCCUGCCACCAGUGAAAUGACCACGACCCCAGAGAGGCCACGCCGGGGCAUCCCAGGGCUUCCCGAUGGCCGCUUCCACCUGCCACCCCGGAUCCACCGAGCCUCCGACCCAGGUCUUCCUGCUGUGUUCCUCCGCCCAGAAGCUGGCAUCUCAUGGGGCAGCAGAGCGAGGGCCGAGGAGCCCAAGGAAAAAGCUUCUCGGAAGGCAACCGAGCUAGAGCUGAUGGGAACCCCAGACAGCACCUACUACCCUCCACCACCAGUACCGAGACAGGCAUCACCCCAGAACCUGGGGGCUGCUGGCCUGCAUCCCCAGCCCUCACCGCCACUGCAGUCACUAGUGGGCCAGCACAUCCUGUCUGUGAAGCAGUUCACCAAAGAUCAGAUGUCCCACCUUUUCAAUGUGGCACACACUCUGCGGAUGACAGUACAGAAAGAGCGAAGUCUCGACAUCCUCAAGGGCAAGGUUAUGGCCUCCAUGUUCUAUGAAGUGAGCACGCGAACCAGUAGCUCCUUUGCAGCAGCCAUGGCCCGGCUUGGGGGCUCCGUGCUCAGCUUCUCGGAAGCCACAUCCUCCGUCCAGAAGGGCGAGUCCCUGGCCGACUCAGUGCAGACCAUGAGCUGCUACGCCGACGUGGUUGUGCUCCGGCACCCCCAGCCCGGAGCAGUGGAGCUGGCAUCCAAGCACUGCCGGAAGCCAGUGAUAAAUGCUGGAGAUGGGGUUGGAGAGCACCCCACACAGGCCCUGCUGGAUAUCUUCACCAUCCGGGAGGAGCUGGGGACUGUCAAUGGCAUGACGAUCACCAUGGUGGGAGACCUGAAGCACGGACGCACAGUACACUCCUUGGCCCGCCUGCUCACCCUGUACCGUGUCAGCCUGCGCUACGUGGCGCCCCCCAGCUUGCGCAUGCCGCCCAACGUGUGGAACUACGUAGCCUCCCGGGGGAUCAAGCAGGAGGAGUUUGAGAGCAUCGAGGAGGCACUGCCCGACACCGACGUGCUAUACAUGACUCGAAUCCAGAAGGAGCGCUUUGGCUCUGCCCAGGAGUAUGAAUCCUGCUUCGGUCAGUUCAUCCUCACCCCACACAUCAUGACCCGAGCCAAGGAGAAGAUGGUGGUGAUGCACCCUAUGCCUCGUGUGAACGAGAUAAGUGUGGAGGUGGACUCGGACCCCCGAGCAGCCUACUUCCGCCAGGCUGAGAACGGCAUGUAUAUCCGCAUGGCUUUGUUAGCCACGGUCCUGGGCUCAGCCUCCUUGGCAUCUUUUCUUCAGGCCCAGCUGCUGGGCAAGGACACUCAGUGCCCCCCACGGGGGCAGCACCCUUAGAAGAUGCUCUGCGGCAUCCAGAGAGCUGGCGCCUGUGGGGACCCUGCUUCAGGCUCUAACCUGGAGCUCUCUGGCAUGGAGGUGUGACCUCAGGUACUGGGGCUCCAUCUCCCAUCUCACGCUCGAACCUGUACAGUUCCUUUUCUACUGACUAAUAAACAGCCAUGCUGCCUCGG